AUGUCCUUAGAAAAGGUACCGGCCGAGGAAACGGAUGGCGAUCUCGGUUCGCCAAGUUCCGCACACACCAGCUCGCACUCAUCGACGCUUGAUCCGGCGGCUGAAGCAAAGCUCCUCAGGAAACUCGACCGCUGGCUGGCGCCAAUGAUGGUUAUUGCUUUCCUUGUCGCCUACCUAGAUCGGAGUAAUAUUGGUAAUGCGGCGAUUGCUGGUAUGAGCGAAGAUCUACACCUGACUGGUAACAGGCUUAAUGUCGCAGUAACCGUCUUUUAUAUAACAUAUAUCAUAUUCGAAAUCCCCGCUUCCCUGAUCCUGAAGAGAGCCCGGCCGUCCCGGCUUAUUCCCUUCUUCAUCCUAGCCUGGUCCGCAACCGUGGUCGGUUCUGCUUUCGUCACAAACUAUUCAGGCCUUCUCGCGACGCGCCUGCUCAUCGGAAUGUUCGAGUCUGGACUUUUCCCAUGCUUAACGCUAUACCUUAGUACAUACUACAAUCGAGAAGAGCAGGCCCGCCGUGUGUCUUACCUCUUCGUUGCUGCCGCUCUGUCGGGGGCGUUUGGUGGUCUUCUGGCAUACGGUUUGACCAGCCUCCACGGCGCGGGCGGGCUCGCUGGCUGGAGAUGGCUGUUUCUCAUCGAGGGUGUGAUAUCUCUAGCAGUCGGACUCGCCUUCAUCUUCUUGCUGCCGGAUAGCUUUGAGAGUGCCAACUGGCUUACAGAGCACGACAAGGCGCUGAUGAGGAUCCGCGCCGACCAGGGCAGGGCUUACCAGGGCGAAUCAGACAGCUUCGAUACGACAGAGAUGAUGCUUGCGUUCUGCGAUCCAAAAGUCUGGCUUUCUGCCGGGUGUCAGUUUUGUGCCAACACCUGCUCCUUCGGCUUUGGGACUUUCUUGCCCAUUAUCAUCCGUGCUUUUGGAUACAGCAGCGUCAAGACGCAGUUGCUCACUGUGCCAGUAUACAUCUGGGCGUCAGCGGUCUACCUCAUCGUCGCGUACGUAUCAGACAAGAUCAACAAACGAGCAGUGUUCAUGGUGCCCAUGGCCCUGAUCACUGCGACGGGCUAUGCACUGAUGCUAGGCGUGAGCAUGGAUAUGACUGGGUUGCAGUACUUCGCCACAUUUGUUACUGCGACGGGGAUCUAUUGUGUUGUUGGGCUGAACGUGACCUGGGUCAGUAACAGCAACGCUGGGUACUUUAAGCGUGCAACGGCCAUUGGGUUGCAGCAAACAAUCGGGAAUAGUGCUGGAAUAAUGGCGGGGCAGAUAUACCGCAUCACAGCUUCAGACGGUCGAUAUACUAUCGGCCAUGCGGUAUCUCUGGGUGCUAUCACCAUAGCUUCGGUAGGGUACUCCACGAUGUGGAUUACUCUGAAUAAGAUCAACCACGUGCGGCAGGCUAUGGGUAUCGACGAGCGGGCGAGACACAUUGCUGAGGGCAAGAAGGGCGACCGACACCCUGAUUUUCGCUACACUCUGUAA